AUGUCUGCCGAUCCGUUUAGCCUGUCGUCGUAUGGCCCCGGCCUUGCAACUCAGAGCAAUGACAACUUUGGCAACACACCCGAGUUCUGGACCGAGUGGUACUGCAAUCCCUCGGAUGACCCGACGCGCAUGUCGACAGCAGUAUCAGCACCGUCGCCAGUCGGAUCCAGCUUUUCUGUUGGAUCGAAUCCACCACUAGACAUGGCCAGACAAAGCGCAAUACCACGAACGGCCUUUAUUGAUCCAGGGUGUUUCAGCCCCGUAGCCACAGAAAGCACAGCCGCAACGACUGUCGAUGGCGAUGAAAAGGACGGUAAUGACUUUGGCGACAUGUCUGGAGACAGGAAGCGUCGAAAGUCUAGUGCAGGAACAAGGACUACCGCACGAGACGAAGGACUCCACAAUACACCACGCCGCAAGAGCAUGACGGAGCCAGCUAGGCGGGAGCGCAACCGCACGGCGGCGGCCAAGUGCCGAGCCAAGAGCAAGGUCGCUGAGGAGGAGCUCAAGGAGACGCAGCGGAUAGAGCGCGAUCGCAACUUGGCUCUCCGCGCCACUGUUGAGGAGCUCAACAACGAGAGUCUCAUGCUCAAGCAUGAGCUACUUUGCCACUCUGACUGCAAUCAUCCGAUUAUUAACAAGUACCUCAGCCGGGCGGCUGAGCAAAUCAGUCGGGGAGUCGCUCUGUCAGCGUCGACGCCACAGGACAAUCUAUCUCUCAAUAUUUGA